CCCAAUUCGGAUCAUGAAUCUAUGUCUUUUAUUGGCAGAAACAAUGCAAUGACGUCAUUACUUGUAUGUCUCUGCCAAUAAAAGACAUGGAUUCAUAAUCCGAGUUAACCCAUCCAUCCAAAAAUGUCAAUAGAAUAUUGUUACACGGCACCCUUAGGAUCAUUUUUGUUGCCACCUGAUUUUAAUCAUCGGUUAACUUAACCGACGGCAGGGCAACUGAAAUGAUCAAAGUGUGUGUUAAAUAAUGGGGGUAUACGGCCUAUGGAAAUUACUCGAAGCAUCCGGGAAACCGGUACCCCUAGAAAGCCUCGAAGGCAAGGUCUUGGCAAUUGAUAUAUCGAUAUGGAUAUAUCAAGUAUUACAAGGAUAUCAAGAUCGUCACGGUGUUCCUAGACCUAAUGCGCAUUUGCUUGGAUUAUUCACUAGAAUAUGUAAACUCUUAUAUUAUAAGAUCAAGCCUGUUUUUGUCUUUGAUGGAGGCGUACCUAUGCUCAAGAAAAAUACAAUUGCCUUACGCAGGAAGCAGAAAUCUAUUGCCACAAGUAAGGCGCAAAAAAUGAAGGCAGACUUGAUAAACAACUUGAUAAAACACAGCGUUGUGAAAACUGUUCUCAACAAAGAUUCCAAGGUGGAUCAAACUAAUGGAACAAUGCAAGCAAUGAUAAAUAUGCAAUCUAACUGUUCUAAGGAAGAUAUGUUUACGUUACCUGAUAUGCCUAGCACUAGCAAAAUGCAGACUUAUAUCAGUGAUAAUGAAGAUGAUUCUGACACUACUGUUGAGCUAAGUCCACGGAAGCAAUCUAAAUGGAUGGGAAACAUACAUAAUGUUGAUGUAACCAGCAAUGAAUUUAAAGCAUUACCUGCAGAUGUUCGUUAUGAUAUACUCACUGAUCUUAAAGAAACGAGGAAACAAAAUUCCUGGGGUCGCUUGCAUGAAAUACCCCAAGAAUCACAAGAAUUUUCUGGCUACCAGUUGAAACGUUUGCUUAAACGUAGAUAUGUGCAAGAAUCUUUGGAAUCUGCUGAGAAGGAAAUGGGUGGAAAAACACUGACAUUGGAGGAAUUAGAUAAAUUACUGACUGAACAAGGCGUUAAUACAAAUAGCAAAGAUGCAGCUUUUCGAAUAGCCGCGGAUAGUGCAACGAGAUUAAUUUACAUCAGUGACAAGAACACAUUGGCAAAAAACUCAAAUGAAUCAGAAGCGGAUGAUACGUUACAAAAUGCGAAUGAGAAAAUUGAAUCUAUUGCUGGUCCAAGUAAUCAUGCGCCUAUUAUAGAAGACAUAAACGAAUAUGAGUUAAUGGAUUCUGAUGAAGACAUUAAUGUACCGAUUCACGAUGAUUUUUCAUUUAUCUCGAACGACAUAAAUAAAAAUGCAUUUGACAGUGAUAAGGAAUCUGAAAUUGAUAUCAACGAAUCGUUGGCGUCAUUAGAUAAACAUUUAAGUAAAACUAAAUCGAAUCCCGCAUUAGCAUAUCUAUUAGAGUAUAGCGGUUUGUCUCAGAAUCAAAUUAUGCAUCUCAUGAAAUACAAUAAAAACAAAAGCCAUAAAACAAAAAUCGUAAGUAAAAAUGCAAAGAUGCACGAGAAAAAUAUUAACUCAGAAUUAACUGAAGAUAAAACUCCAGCAAUUGCUAAAUCCAUAUUAACAUUUCCUGAAAAUUGUAUGGAAAUUUCGAAAUCUGUAAAGUCGCAAAAUAUGCUAAAUGCAUGCUCAACCAAUGAUAAUAUGAUUGUCAAAUUAAUUUCAUCUAACGUGAAAUCAGAUGAUUUUACCAAACAGGAACCAUUAAAAAAUAAUGCUGAAGCAUUAGAUGUUCCAACAUCUAAUGUCAUAUCCAUGGUUAAUAAAUCAAUGAUGUCUGAGGAAUCUUCUAUAAAGUCUAAUAACAAUACAAGAGUUGAAUUAAUUUCAACAGUACAGACAGACACAUCAGAUUCCGAUUCUGACGAUUUUGUAGAGAUUCAAGAUGUUCCAAUACCUUAUAUGGGAAGAUUAGAAAAAAAUAUAGAAAACGACGAGAUAGCUUUCAAGACUGAUGAAAAAUUAGAAGACGAUAUUUUCGCCGAUAUAUUUAAAAAAGCGGAUAAAAAUGAGAAUAAAAAUGAAGAUUUACUAACUAAUUGUUUGAAACAAAUACAGUCUGUCAAUGAAAACGGUAAACACCGAAUGCCAUUAAUUUCUGAAGAUAAUAAUUUAAAAAUCAAUUUAUUGGAUACUACACCUGAGGAAUUGAUCAUAGAGAAAACAGAAAUCAAGUCACUGGAAAAUACUCAGUUAGUCGAGAAUAUAUCAAAUGAUAAAGGCAAAGUGCACGACUCUCAAGACUUUAACACUUUAAUAAAAAAGAAUAAUAUAGAAUUACCUACUCAAGACAAUUGUAAUGAAGAUAUGCAAGAGAAGAUAGCAGUAUUGCCUACAAAUGAAGAAGAUUUAAUAGAAUUGAAGGGACAAUUAGAAUAUGAGCAGGAAGAACUUACCAAAGGCAUUGGCAAAUUUGAGAGACAAGCUAUCAAUAUUUCUGAUCAGAUACAAACCGAGGCACAAGAAUUGUUACAUUUAUUUGGCAUACCAUAUAUAACAGCACCAAUGGAAGCGGAAGCGCAGUGCGCAUUCUUGGAACAGAUUAAACUCACCGAUGGUACGAUUACAGACGACUCCGAUAUUUGGUUGUUUGGUGGUCAAUAUGUAUACAAGAACUUUUUUAACAAUAACAGAAGAAUGUUACAAUUCCGUGCCUGUGAUAUUCAACAUCAUUUUAAACUCAGCCGGAAUCAAUUGAUACAAUUGGCCCUUUUGGUUGGUAGUGAUUAUACCACAGGAGUGGCGGGUAUUGGACCAGUCACCGCAUUAGAAAUAUUAGCCGCCUUCCCGGCUGAAGGGGAUAACUUAUUACAUGGAUUAUAUAAUUUUUGCUCGUGGAUUAAAGAAGGAAAAUCUUCCGGAAAAACGGGCCUACACAAUAAGUUGCGAAACGUGAAGUUAGACAGAGAUUUUCCAAGUCAAGCAGUCGUCCAAGCGUAUCUUUUUCCUACGGUUGAUGAAUCAAAAGAGACUUUUACUUGGGGUAAACCGAACGUUGUGCUUCUUUGCGACUACACCAGGCAAAAAUUUGGAUGGACGAAAGGCAAGUUCGACGACACAAUGAUACCGAUAUUGAAGAGAAUGGAGGAAAGCAGGAAUCAAAAAUUGUUGGACAUGUACUUUAAAAUGAAAAUAUCGCCGCGAUCUAUGGAGCUAACCUUAAGCAAAAGAGUGCAGAAAGCUCUAUGCAGAUUAAAUAACGUCGAUAUGGAUGAAGAAAAUGUAGAUUGCAAAUCUCGAUCUAAAAGAAGCAAAAUAAACGCUGUCCAAAAGUUGAACGAAGAAGAAGAUAUAGUCGAUUCUGAAGUAUCGAUUCACGAGACUAAAUCACUUCCAAAAGUAAAUGCUAUCACCAAUAAACCUCUUAAAUCCAUUAUCGAAAGAAAAUAUACCAAAGAAUAUAUACCACAACGAGAAAAGGAUAGAGAAUGUGCAUUAGAAAGAAAAUUACAUGCUAUAGAGAUAUAUAGAAAAUCAAAAAAAGGUUUAGAUAAAACAAAAAAGAUAAAAAGGGCAACACGAAAGAUAAAAAAAGAGGCAGAACUAUCGGAAAGUGAUAGCAACUAGAUCUAAUUUUUUAAAUUAAAAUAAAAGAAGUUUUUAUAUAUUGUGAAUAACAACUUAUUUAUAAGAUUUAUCAGAAUAAAUUUAAUUAACACAUCCUUAA